CAGCCGGUUUCUCCUGCCCGGCGGGAGGUGCGCUGGUCCUCCCGGCGUCUGCGGACCCCGCUUCCUCCGUGUCCCUGGCGGGCACGGCAGCCCGGAACCUCCACGCUGAUGGCCGCUAACCUGAGGACGCCCUCUUUCGCCUCCUGUUCGUCGACCUCGACAGACACGGACGACGAGGGUGUGCGCGGCACUUGCGAAGAUGCUUCCAUGUGCAAGAGGUUUGCAGUAAGCAUUGGCUACUGGCAUGACCCUUACAUCCAGCACUUUGUAAGACUGUCUAAGGAGAGGAAGGCUCCCGAAAUUAACAGAGGAUAUUUUGCUCGAGUCCACGGCGUCGAUCAGCUUAUCAAGGCCUUUCUACGGAAGACAGAAUGUCAGUGUCAGAUUCUAAAUCUUGGGGCUGGGAUGGAUACCACCUUCUGGAGGUUAAAGGAUGAAGAUCUGCUCCCAAGUAAAUAUUUUGAAGUCGACUUUCCAAUGAUAGUCACGAGAAAGCUGCAUAGCAUCAAAGUCAAGCCUUUCUUAUCACAACCCAUUAUAGAAUUACAUGCAGACGACACACUUCAAAUCGAUGGACACUUUUUGGAUUCAAAGAGAUAUGCCAUUGUUGGAGCAGAUCUCCGAGAUUUACCUGAACUGGAAGAGAAACUAAAGAAAUGUAACAUAAAUCCACAAUUGCCAACACUCCUGAUAACUGAAUGUGUGCUGGUUUACAUGACUCCGGAACAGUCUGCCAACCUUCUCAAAUGGGCAGCCAACAGUUUUGAGACUGCCAUGUUCAUAAACUACGAACAGGUGAACAUGGAUGACCGGUUUGGACAGAUCAUGAUCGAAAACCUGCGGAGGCGACAGUGUGACCUGGCAGGAGUAGAGACCUGCAAGUCAUUAGAGUCGCAGAAAGAACGGCUCCUGUCGAAUGGGUGGGAAACGGCAUCAGCAGUCGACAUGAUGGAAGUGUAUAGCAAACUGCCUCAAGCUGAAGUGAGCAGAAUAGAGUCACUUGAAUUCCUGGAUGAAAUGGAGCUUCUAGAACAGCUCAUGCAGCAUUACUGCCUUUGUUGGGCAACCAAAGGAGGAAAUGAAUUGGGUUUGAAGGAGAUUGUUUACUAAUCUGUGGGAGGUCCAUGCUGAGCCAGGAGCCGAAGCCACUGACCUUCCCAGAGUCGAUGGGCCAAGUUUCCUGAGUGGUGGCCAGACCUGGCCCACCAGCCUCAUCCACAACUGGAGAAGCCUCAGCUCCUAGGGUUGUCGCACCACCUGCUGUACCCGUUGACUUAUCGCUAAAUAAAUCUCAGUUGUUGCCAAUUGCCCGUGCAUGGGUCCCUCUUG